CGCCAAAUCAGCUGAUUUAAAUUCUAUCCCAUAAUUCCAUUGCCUAGCUUUGUUAUGUACGACUUGAUCGUGUUACGACUGAGCAGCCACGAUCAUGACGAAUUUGGGAACUGAUUCAACACAAUGAAUUGAUAAACAAUCACCUCUGUAUCAAAGCUAUGGCGAGUGCUUCAAGUUCUUCAAAAGGGGAAUUUCAUGUUGGGGGGAAAUACCGUUUAGUGAGAAAAAUAGGAAGUGGAUCAUUUGGAGACAUUUACCUUGCUAUAAAUAUCGCAAAUGGAGAGGAAGUUGCAGUUAAACUGGAAUCUCAAAAGGCCAGACACCCACAGUUAAUUUAUGAAAGUAAAUUAUACAAAAUCUUACAAGGCGGGGUCGGAAUACCCCAUAUACGAUGGUGGGGACAAGAGAGAGAAUACAAUGUUCUUGUUAUGGACUUGUUAGGACCAAGUAUAGAAGAUCUCUUUAAUUUCUGCUCAAGAAAAUUUACCAUGAAAACAGUAUUAAUGCUUGCUGAUCAGAUGAUAAACAGAAUAGAAUAUGUUCAUAAUAAAAACUUCAUACACCGUGAUAUAAAGCCAGAUAAUUUUCUGAUGGGUAUUGGGCGUCACUGCAAUAAGGUUUUCUUAGUGGAUUAUGGUUUAGCCAAAAAGUACCGAGAUAGUCGAACAAGACAACACAUUCCCUACAGAGAGGACAAAAAUUUAACAGGCACAGCAAGAUAUGCUAGUAUAAACGCUCAUUUAGGUAUAGAACAAAGUCGACGUGACGAUAUGGAAUCACUGGGGUAUGUCCUGAUGUACUUCAACCGAGGAUCUCUCCCCUGGCAAGGUCUGAAGGUAAAUAAGGCAGCCACAAAGAAACAGAAAUAUGAAAAAAUCAGUGAGAAGAAAAUGUCAACACCAGUUGAAGUGCUAUGUAAGGGUUUCCCAGCAGAAUUUGCCAUGUAUUUGAAUUAUUGUCGAGGUUUGAGAUUUGAAGAAGCCCCAGAUUAUAUGUAUUUAAGACAGUUAUUUCGUAUUUUGUUCCGGACACUAAAUUAUCAGUAUGACUAUGUGUUUGAUUGGACUAUGCUCAAACAAAAAGCAGCUGCUGCUGGGACUGGGAUUGCAGCCACAUCACAGAAUGCCACUGCAGGUAAAGGGAGAUGAAGAAAUGGUUUGUGAUAAAAUGGGAUCAAGAUGCCAAAAUGUGCUACCACACAAUCACAGUGUGACACUGCCAUUUUAUAUAUCAAUCAAUACACCAAAAAUGUUUUAUGAAAUCAACAUUUAGAUAACAGAUCUCUUGUCAAGAGGAGUAUUCUUUUGUUAUCAAAAACUCCACCUUUUAUUUUUACUAUGUGUUCCAAUCUUUUGUCAUUGUCCUAGUAAGUGUGAAGGAUGUGUAUUGGUAAAGCUUAAUUUUUAGUGAUUAAUAUUUGUUUGUGUGAAUGCAGAGAUUUUGAUCACAAAGUAUUAAUGUGUAUUUUGUAUUCAUUCAUUUGUAUAGAGAUUGUGAUUUGUAAAAUGUGUAGUUGUUCUUUACAUACAUGUACAUGCACACGUAUAGUCACUUGUUAACAAUCUGGACAGUGUUUUGUUUGUAGGAAUGAAAUUGACAAUUGUUUUUUUCAUCUCAUCAGGAAUUGAAAUUAGUAGGUAAUUCUUAGGGUAAACAGAUUUAUUUUUAUCUAAAUCAUCUAGUAAUGUUCUCAGAAUUUAACUUUUUAUAUUUAGCUUAAUCAGUAGAACUUUUUUGUCCUCAUAUUUACAUGUAUACGACCACAAAAAAAUCUGAUGUCAUAUAUUGGUAUGACUUCGUUGUCCUCUAAAGACAGUUGGUUUUAGAACAAUAACUUUAGUAUAAGUAAAUAGAAAUCUAUGAAAUUCAAACACAAGGUUUAUGACCACAAAAAAAGGUUGGGAUUGAUUUUGGGAGUUUUGGUCCCAACAGUUUAGGAAUAAGGGAUCAAAAGGGUCCAAAAUUAAACUUUGUUUGAUUUCAUAAAAUUUGAAUUAUUAGGGUUCUUUGAGACCCCAAAUCUAACUUUUUAGUAUUGUGAUUCUCACAUUUUUAGCUCAUCUGGCCCGAAGGGCCAAGUGAGCUUUUCUCAUCACUUGGCGUCCGUCGUCGUAGUCGUCGUCGUCGUUAACUUUUACAAAAAUCUUCUCAAAAACUACUGGGCCAAAUUAAAUCAAACUUGGACACAAUCAUCAUUGGGGUAUCUAAUUUAAAAAAUGUGUGGCAUGACCCGCCAAACCAACCAAGAUGGCCGCCAUGGCUAAAAAUAGAACAUAGGGGUAAAAUGCAGUUUUUGGCUUAUAACUCAAAAACCAAACCUUUUAGAGCGAAUAUGAUGGAGUAAAAUUGUUUAUCAGGUCAAGAGCAAAUCUGACAUGGGGGUUAAAUUGUUAAUCAGGUCAAGAUCUAUCUGCCCUGAAAUUUUCAGAUGAAUCGGACAAAACGUUGUUGGGUUGCUGCUCCUGAAUUGGUAAUUUUAGGGACAUUUUGUCCGUUUUCGCUUAUUAUCUUGAAUAUUAUUGUAGAUAGAGAUAAACUGUAAACAGCAAUAAUGUUCAGCAAAGUAAGAUCUACAAAUAAGUCAACAUAACCAAAAUGGUCAGUUGACUCCUUUAGGAGUUAUUGCCCUUUAUAGUCAAUUUUUAACCAUUUUUCGUUAAUCUUAGUAAUCUUUUACAAAAAUCUUCUCCUCUACAACUCCCAGGCCAAAUUAAUCCAUACAAUCAUCAUAGGGGUAUCUAGUUUAAAAAAUGUGUGGCGUGACCCGUCAAACCAACCAAGAUGGACGCCAUGGCUAAAAAUAGAACAUAAGGGUAAAAUGCAGUUUUUGGCUUAUAACUCAUAAACCAAACGUUUUAGAGCGAAUAUGAUGGAGUAAAAUUGUUUAUCAGGUCAAGAUCUAUUUGCCCUGAAAUUUUCAGAUGAAUUGGACGACCCGUUGUUGGGUUGCCGCCCCUGAAUUGGUAAUUUUAGGGAAAUUUUGCUGUUUUUGGUUAUUAUCUUGAAUAUUAUUAUAGAUAGAGAUAAACUAUAAAUACCAAUAAUGUUCAGCAAAGUAAGAUCUACAAAUAAGUCAACAUAACCAAAAUGGUCAGUUGACCCCUUUAAGAGUUAUUGCCCUUUAUAUUGAUAUUUUUACCAUUUUUCGUUUAUCUUAGUAAUCUUUUACAAAAAUCUCCUCUGAAACUACCAGGCCAAAUUAAUCCAAACUUGACCACAAUCAUCUUUGGGGUAUUUAGUUUAAAAAAUGUGUGGCGUGACCCGGUCAACCAACCAAGAUGGCUGCCAUGGCUAAAAAUAGAACAUAGGGGUAAAAUGCAGUUUUGGGCUUAUAACUCAAAAACCAAAGCAUUUUGAGCAAAUCACACAAGGUUUAACUGUAUAUCAGAUCAAUUUCUAUCUUCCCUAAAUUUUUCAGAUGAAACAGAGAACCCGUUGUUGGGUUGCUGCCCCUGAAUUGGUAAUUGUAGGGAAAUUUUGAUGUUUUUGGUUAUUAUCUUGAAUAUUAUUAUAGAUAGAGAUAAACUGUAAACAGCAAUAAUGUUCAGUAAAGUAAGAUCUACAAAUAAGUCAACAUAACCAAAAUGGUCAGUUGACCCCUUUAGGAGUUAUUGCCCUUUAUAGUAAACUUUUAACAAUUUUCAUGAAAUUUGUAAAUUUUAACUAAUAUUUUCCACUGAAACUACUGGGCCAAGUUCAAUAUAGAUAGAAAUAAUUGUAAGCAGCAAGAAUGUUCAGUAAAAUAAGAUAUACAAACACUUCACCAUCACAAAAACACAAUUUUGUCAUGAAUCCAUCUGUGUCCUUUGUUUGAUAUUCACAUAGACCAAGAUGAGCGACACUCUUUAGAGUCUCUAGUUUUAAAAGUGAAAGAUUACGUUUUGAAUAUUUUCUUUGUAAAAUUGUGAAAUUGGGCACUUACCAGUAUCAGAACGGAGAGAAUUGUUAUCAUUUAUCAGUUUGGGAAACUUAGUUUUGUAAAGAAAUGAUAUUGUGUGUGUUUAUUUUUUUUAUGCAGAUGAGUGGGAUUUCCUAUAUGUGAUUAAGAACAAAAGAGUUUACACAAGGUUUCUUUGUUUAUUAUGAUUAUCAAUUAUCACCCACUAAUAAAAUGAUGAAAAACUGUAUCAAAUAAAUAAGGAAUAAACUAAUUUGUUGAAAACAGUAGCAUAUUUAAUAAUCAUCUCGGAUUAGUUAUUUUUCACACAUAAUCUUCUGAAACAUUUGAUUGCACAAAUUAAUGUUAAUGUGUUCAAAAAUUAAAAAAAUUAUAAGGACAUUCAGUACAUUAAAAACAAGUCUUCAAAAUGACUUGAAAGUUUAAAAAAAUACUAGAGUAAAUCUUAAAGCUGUGAAGUUGAUCAAAAAGUGAAAUAGUCAGCAUUAAUAAUUUUAACUUUAUAUUAGGUUAGCCAACAGUAAUUUGAAACUUUCCGAAUAGUACUAUAUGAAUGAUUGAUGAUGCCGUUUAAUCCUGUCUUUAUGAUCACACAUUCCUAAAAAUUAGUAUAAAGCUUCGUUAACUGUAUCAUGCAUUUACACAUUUGUUUAUUGAUGAAGUUACUGUUUACCUUAUACUUAUAGCAAGGGCAUCUUGUUCAAUUUGUCCUUUCAUACUUUUUUCACAAAUAAUUGACUUGUUUGCUUGAGUUUUCCCACAAAGAGAUGCAGACAAUAUUGCUUGUAAUUGUGAUUUUGUUGGAUUGCAAGUUCAAAUUUGAAAUUAUCUCAUCAGUACUCUGCUUUUAUUUUUUUAUUCAGCCUGAUUGAUUAUGAGUUUAUUUGUUGUAUAUAGUUUGACAUGAUAAUACAUUCAUUUAUUGUUGCUUCACUUAUGCAUAUUUUAUAGCACAUUACACAACAGUGGUUCUUUUUUCAUGUUCAUGCAUAAAAGUCAGUUUGUCAACGUCAAGGAAUGUAAUGUCAGUUACUUCUUGAAUUAUAUGGAAACUUUUUAAAUAAUCUUAUAUUUGGUCAAAAUUGUUUCUGGACCUGAUAAUUAACAACAUCAUUCAUGCGGAGCUUCUGGUUUUAAAAGCAGCCUUUUUUGUCAAAUAAUUCUCCUGAUCAUUUUGACAAUGAGAUGGGGAGAUUGCAACUUUUCUCAACCAUUUUUAUCAAAAUUGAUAAUAUUAAAUUGGACAUUUUUGAGUUAUUUCUUUUGUGGAGUUAGUUAUUAAGGAGAUACAUGAUAUCCUUUUCAAAAAUGAUUUUUUUUAAAGUAUCUGAACAAAAGGUGGUAAUGUUAACAUAAGUUAUUAAUGUAUAAGAAAAUUAUUAGUCCAGAAAUCCAGAAAUAUUAUGGCCUGUGUUUGUACAUGCUAGUCACAUUUUAAAGAUUUUAGAAGCAUGAUUUCUUGCAUUAAAUGUUUGGUUUGUUUUAUAAGAAAUUGCACUUUGAGUUACAGGCUGUUAUGUUGAAAAUGUAUAGAUAUUGAGAAUAUAUUAUGAGCAAUGUAUCAUAUUUGUGACAUGAGAAUUCAGUCAGUUUUUAUAUGACUGCAAAAACAAUUUGUGUUCGUAUAUUGGUAUUACGUUGUCGUUGUAAUUUUCUAAGACAUUUGGUUUACAGAUAAUAACUUCAGUAAAGGUAAAUAGAAAUCUAUGAAAUUUAAACACAAGUUUAAUAACCACAAAAAUAAGGUUGGGAUUGAUUUUGGAGGUUAUAGUUUUAACAAUUUGCAAAUUUCUAGCAGAUUCACCAGCGGAAAAAUAAUAUUCACUGCGCAACUGUGUGCUUGUAAAUGUAUAAUUUUGAUAAAAAAUUGUUUUGAUUUACAAUUGGUUUUGGUAAAUAAUUUCCAUUACAUACAUUCCUCUCGAAAUAUGGAAUAAAACAAUAAUUGUCUUUUGUUUUGUCAAAUAUGCGGUUUUGUUGACUUUUGAAAAACUGAUAUUCCCUUCAGCCGUUGGCUUCAGGGAAUAUCAGUUUUAAAAAAGUCAAUAAAACCACACAUAUACCUCAUCAAAAGACAGUAAUUAUAUAUUCUCCUUUGACUACAGAUAUUCUGUGUCAGAAACCUUGUAUGUGUCAAAUAUUUAAUUAAAAUCCAAAUUCAGACCUGUAUCAAGUGUGAAUAUUUACCAAACUGUUCAGUGUUGACCCUCUGCAGUCGUAUCAAGCUGCACUCAGUGAAGCAAUUAUUAAGUUUCUUAUAUAUGUGAUUUAAUAUGACUGCCAUGACAGUUUUUAUUCACAUUUUUGUAAAUUGAAUAAAUCAGGCUUUGUAUUUUAUAAAAUCUAAUGUUGUCUUAAAGGGAACAAAAAGACUUUUACCAUUUAUUUAAAAAAAAAUCACUAAUUUAUUAUAUCCUCUGUUUUGUUUGCCAUUUUAUGAACUGUAAAGUUCAGAAUAAAAUGAUUUUUAAUGAU